GAGAGGCAGCAGUGGACUUUGAACAGCAGCUGAGGGUUGAGGUAAACAACAGGGCUAUAAAAGGUCUCCCCAGGCAGUGUAGAGUUGCCCCAGCAAGGCGGAGAAAGGAAGCAGGAUGAUCUGAAGGGAUUGCGACAACCAUAGCAAUGUGGAAGAGCUUGGGGCUUACCCUGGCUCUCUGUCUCCUCCCCUAUGGAGGAACAGAGAGUCAAGAGCAAAGCUCUGUUUGUAAGCAACCCCCACCCUGGAGCAUAAAAGAUGAAAAUCCAAUGCUGAAUUCCCAGGGUUUUGUGACCGUGGUUGCUCUUCUUCAAGCUAGCUGAUACUUGUGCAUUCUGCAGGCUUCCAGAUUGGAAGACCUGCGAGUUAAAUUAGAGAAUGAAGGGUAUUCUAAUAUUUCUUACAUUGUUGUUAAUCAUCAAGGAAUAUCUUCUCAAUUAAAAUACAUACAACUUAAAAAUAAAGUCUCAACUCACAUUCCUGUUUAUCAACAAGAACUCCACCAAACAGAUAUUUGGACUCUCCUAAAUGGAAAUAAAGAUGACUUCCUCAUAUAUGACAGAUGUGGCCGUCUUGUAUAUCACCUUGGUUUGCCUUAUUCUUUCCUAAGUUUCCCAUAUGUAGAAGAAGCCAUUAAGAUUGCCUAUUGUGAAGAGAAAUGUGGCAACUGCUCUUUCACGACUCCUAAAGUGGAAGACUUCUGUAAAAAUAUAUCUUCAGCUACUGUGGAGAAAAUACCCGAGGCUCCGAAGCCACACCCCCAUCACAAUCAUGGGCAUCAACAUCUUGGAAGCAGUGAGCUUUCAAAGUAUCAGCAACUAGGAGCACCAGAUACUCCUAUACAUCUCCGUCCUGUAGACAUCCAUCACCCACAUAAACACAAAAGCCAACACAGACAGGGACAGUCUGAGAGCUGAGACACAGCAGAAAGUGAAGGGUUACAACUUUCACUUGCACAAAGGAAGCUCUGUCAAAAGAGAUGUAUAAACCAACUACUGUGUACGCUAUCCAAAGAUUCGGAGUCAACAACAAGUAGCUGUUGCUGACAUUGUCGACAUCUCAUAUUUGAAAAAGCAGGGUCUGCAAUCACCUGACAGUGUGCCGAAAACCUUCCAUCUUUAUGUAGCUGACAGGGGCUUUUUGUGGCAGAGAAAGUCAUUGAAUCUUGUCAGUGACGAAUGCCUCCAGCUGCCUGACAAAGUCAGCAGCCGAAGCCCACAGAACUCAGCCCCAAUUGA